GCUUAUAAAUUGGCCUUUAAAUUUAGCAUUCGAUACUACCUAGUGAUCAAGAGCAACAACAACUACUAAGUACUAUAGUUAAGGCAUUAAACUAGGUAACCAAAAAACACAAAAAAUGGGUUCCCAAAUAAAUUUGUUGUUCUUAAUAAUAAUGUCAUCUUUGGUAGUAGGAAGUUUAAGUAGUGUACCAGUUGCACCUGGACUAUCGUACUCAUUUUAUGGUUCAAAGUGCCCUCAAUUAGAAUCCAUUGUUAGAAAUCAUCUUAAACAGGUUUUUCAGAAGGAUAUCACUCAGGCUGCUGGUUUGCUUCGCCUUCAUUUCCAUGAUUGCUUUGUUCAGGGAUGUGAUGGAUCAGUAUUGUUGGAUGGGUCAGCAAGCGGUCCUAGUGAACAAGGCGCACCACCCAACUUGUCUCUAAGGAAAGAGGCCUUUAAAAUCAUAAAUGAUAUUCGUGCCCUUGUCCAUAAAACAUGUGGUCGGAUUGUUUCUUGCGCAGAUAUCACUGCACUUGCAGCUCGUGAUUCUGUUGUUCUGUCUGGUGGACCAAAUUACAACAUUCCACUAGGAAGGAGGGACAGCCUAAACUUUGCAACAACACAAGUAACACUAGAUAAUCUACCGGCACCUUCUAGCAGCGCCUCAGCCAUUCUAAAAUCCCUUGGCAACAAAAGGUUUGAUCCUACUGAUGUUGUUGCCCUUUCCGGAGGCCACACCAUUGGUCGCGGCCAUUGUUCCUCCUUCACCGACAGGCUCUACCCUACACAAGAUAAAACAAUGGACCAAACUUUUGCUAAGAACCUUAAGGCCACUUGCCCGGCCAAAGACACUGAUCGCACCACAAAUUUGGACAUCCGUACUCCUAAUGUAUUCGACAACAAAUACUACGUAGACCUAAUGAAUCGCCAAGGCUUAUUUACUUCAGAUCAAGAUUUGUACACUAAUCCAAUUACAAAGCCGAUUGUCACAAGCUUUGCGACAAAUCAAAAUUUAUUUUACGAAAAAUUUGUCGUUGCGAUGUUGAAAAUGGGACAACUUGGUGUGUUGACGGGUACACAAGGUGAAAUUCGUGCAAAUUGCUCGGCAAGAAAUGCUAAGAAGGUAGACAUGUGGUCUAUCAUUGACGAGGGUAUCACAAUUUUAAGUGAUAUGUAAUUAACUAGCUAUAUUUUGAGUUGAUUGCAAUAACUUGUGAGGUUUAAUUAGAUGUUUUGUCGUUAGUUUUUAAGGCUUCAUACUUCUAUGACAAAUAAAAUGUUUGACUAGGUAAAAUACUCGUACAAUUUUAUCUAGAUCAGAUCUAGUAGCAUGCGUAAUAAUAGAAGUAUUGUACUUGAACUUGAUCUUUGUCUCUUUUAUCAAAUUGUCACUAAUUUUAAUUAA